CAUGACGCUGCGCAGCGCGUGACGUCAGGAUGUACACGUCGCCGAUCGGCAACCGGGGGAAAUGGCGCCGGGAGAGAGAUAGAGACAGAGAAAGACGGUACCUUGAUAAUUCGACAGCCCCAUCACCCCUGGAGAUCGUGUUUCAGCCAGCGCAGCCUCAAUGCAGAGCCCGGCAAUGCAGCCGCCACCCCCCCGUUCAUCACCAGGAGUCGGCAGCGCCGCCGGAGCCCCCAUGAGCGGGGGUGCCCACAACAUCUUCCGCCGGAACGCUCCCUACAGGCGGCCCAAUACCCCCCUGUCAGGGGCCCCUGUCAUGCUGCCCCCGCCACCGGUCACUGACCCAUUUGGACUUGGCCGGGCGGCUCAGACUGACGGUUCACCAUCACUCCAAAACGCUGUCAACGGUGGACCACCAUUCCCCAGCCAGCAAGAUGGGAGUCAGGUCCCUUGGCCCACAGAUGCUUUAGGAGGUGCCCAGGUUCCAUUUUCUGGAGUGCCUGCUGCCCUGGGGGAACGCUGUGAACCCUACGGUGCACCAGCCCCACUUCCCCCAACGCCACGGUUUGGCGAAGUUGGUCAGUUUUCCCCUGCGGCCCCUCUUCAAGGUGCUGAAGCCGGACAGGGCCUGCCCCCAGAGCCCUCGUAUUUUCACACAGGACUAGGCUCAGAGAGCAACGAGAUGGGGCAAGCACGCCCGCAGGCCAGGCACCCCCAUGGGCAAGAGGGCGGCCAAGAGCCCCAUUCCUUUCCUCCUGCAGCACCCACUUUCCUGCCGCAGUUCCAGCCGAACUCCUCUGCCUCUGCACAAUGGGUGGCGAGUCACGGCAGUCGGCCGCCGUCCGUCCAGAACUACUUUCAGCCCAGUGACCCCCAGAUUCAAGGUUUUGGGGGUUAUUGUGCGCCUCAGCCAGUGCUUCAGCCUGUCCCACCUCACCAAAACCAGGCAGCAGGCAGCCACUACCAGCAACACCACUCCCCACCGCAGGAGUCCCUCACGCAGUUUGCCGGAGCUGAGCGCCAAGAAGCUGGCCGACUGCCUCCAUUCCACCAACCACCCCUGCGCCAACACAACUUCCCUGACCCUGGCUUUGCCCGGCCAGAGGACUGGCCACCCGGCCCCUCUCGUGACCCAUGCCUGCAGCAGUCUGUACCCCUCCCUGGGCACCAGGCUGACUGCCCUACCUCACACUUGGGUCCACCAGUUGACUCUGACCCAGGAACGGUCUCCAUGUUUUUCAAAGGGGGCGAAGUGGAGAAUGAAGAGACCCUGGUGCCUGAGCAGCAGAUUGGGAUCUGUACCACCAUUGGGGAUGCCUUUCAGCCCAGCACUGGGCCGUUCUUCAGCACACCACGGCUGCCUGACCUGUGCACUGGUGGCAUGGAGCCCCGGGGCUUAGGUCCUCGUCCGCCUGCUCCCUGCAGUGGGACAGAUUCCGCUGUUCCCCAGGGUGGGGGUUUGGCAUUGGAGGAUGAUGAAAAUUCUGAAUUUGUCCAGAACCAAGAGGUCCUGCCUAGUGAACCUGACAGAAUUCCUGCAGGAUUCCAGCCUGUGCCAGGAUUGGUGAACCAAGGGCUGCAUGCCACCAGAAACAUGGGUGGAGCAGGAGGAGGACCACCACCAAACCUUGAGACCCCCGACUCUGCGCACCACCCUCUGCGAUCCGACAGCAUCUCCUCGAAUCACAGCAGUGCUAGCCACAGCAGCGGCUCCAGUUUGAGGAGAUCCCAAGCCCAGACAAACACGUUCAUCCAGCAAGAAAGCGGGAAGCCUCCCACCGACAACCCGUCCCGUUUCUUCGAGCAGAUUGACUCCUCCCCCCUAGGCCGAGACCCUUUGCACCCUGGCAGGGAGGUGGAGAGUGCAGGGCGGGCCUUGUACUACAGCCAGCUGUCUCAGCCCCCUGCCCUCAGCUCCCCAAAGCCGAUGGCCACCUUCCAACCCAGUGCCAACAGCUCAUUCGAGCCGGUCAGGUCACAUGGUCAGCUGCCAGUCAAAGCUGUUGAAGUGGACCAGGCGAAGAUGGUUAUGGAGCUGAGCCAGUCAACAGUGAGUACUGUGGGGCAGCGGCAUGGGGCUGGCCCAUCGGACAUUUCCCCAGGCAACCUAGAACAGCCGCCUGACAACCUGGAAAACAUCCGUGUCCCUCAGCCUCGCUCGAACCUUUACACAGGCGUAGGGACCCCCGAGAGCAUGAUACGGCCUGCAUCAGAAGAGCCCCACAAGCGACCGUCCUCAAGGGUGGCUGGUGUCUGGGUGAAAUCGGACAGUCCUGCUGCCACCCUAUGGGCACAGAGUGAGAUGCCGAGCUUCAGUGCUGGCAUCAUGCUGGCUCCAGCUGCUCCAGCAGUGCCUGCAGCAAACAAAGAUCCUGUAGCGGAGGUGGUCCAACCACCUGAAGAUGGCAGCAAGGGUCCAAACUACCCUGCACCUCCAGGAAACAUGGAAAACCCUCCUCAGGGGACAGAGGACACAGUCCCGAAAAUCCAGGCAGUUCCCAGCUAUGCCACGCUACUGGUCCCAACUCCAGCCUCACCGACCCCACCUGUGCUACUUGCACGACCUCUUCAGACUUCCCCCCACCUGCCCAGUCCUGACCGGCCUCUCAGAGAUCGAGGCGAUGGUCAAAGCGUCACCUUCACGGGCCCGGCCCAUCAGAAUCCUGACCUUGUCACCACAGCCCAGGGACCGGUGCACGUUCAGACUCCGCUCAACCUGGCCACAGAUGGUCGCAUCAACCCAAAGCUGGCCAGUGAAGGACUGACAGUGGAUCCUGCUGCCCCUUCGAGCCCCCCGUCGAGCCGAGCUCCUGGUGCAACUGUAACUCCCCCAACUUCCAAUCUUCAGCCACCCAGCGAUGGCAGCAAGGACGAAGCAAGGAAUCAAGUGUUUGAUCAGCCCGACUCAUCAACCAACUGUGAGCUGCUUGAUUUCACUCUGCACCGCGCUGCACCUAAUCAGCCCUUCACUGGAACUAAUCCAGCUGCAUCCCUGCCGCUCGGUGGUACCACGCAGCACCCUGCUCCCAGCCACACUUACAACACGGGCCUCUACACUAACGACAAACCAGGUUUCUACCUGCAGGUCACCACAGACAUCCAGCAGCAUCAGCCAAGUGCUGCAGUGACCGGACAGCAGGCAGCGCCACCUCCACCAACCGCUCACGAUCAGUCCCAACGCCAAGUCGGGUCUGUGCCAGUCAGUGGGCCGUACCUGCUGGCAGGUUAUGGGUACCCAGGGCCUGGUCCCUCCCAGCCUCUGGCACAGCAGCAGCUGGCAGCUGAAGCUCCAGUGACAGCAGCGGGCACCCCUCAGCCCCUCCCUCACCAAGAGGUGAUGCCACAGCACCCAUACCCCCCGGCACAGCCGCAUGCAGGUUAUGGCUACACCUACCCAUACGUGUGCCAGGAUUACAGUGCGGACCCUCAGCAGCCUUAUGCCGUUCCUUUCUCAUCGUACCCAUCCCUGGACCCUAGACUCGGCCAGCAAAUGCCCUACCCAUUGAUGGACUCCAGAGGCAACCACUCGUACUACCAGGAUGACCAGUACCGGCGUUAUGCCCAAUAUGGCAGGUAUGACGUGAAUUAUAAGGAGCCUGAGAGAGAGAAGAUCAGUCGACCCAGCUCAAGAGCGAGUCAGUCCUCCAACAGGCCAUCUUCCAGGCAGGGGUGUGCUGAAGAUCCAUAUGGUGGAAGAGGCGGGCGAGAGGGCUAUGCUAGUUACUAUUCGGAUUAUUACAACGGCCAGUAUCAGUACAGAGACUCAGCUCACUGGGAUAGGUAUGACCCAGCUGCCUAUGAUCCUCGAUACAGAGACUACAGGGAGUAUGACGUGCCCUACUGGUACUACGGACCUUACCAAGCGCGGGAGCUUUACCGGGAGUUCUACUCAGACAGGCGGAAUGGGUUUGAAGACCUCUGGCAGCUUGACCCUCGAUAUGACAUGAGCUUUGAUGAAGGCAGCCGGCAGGACCCGUACACUGACGAGUUUGAUGGGCGCAGCACACACAGUGAACAGUCUGUUCACAGUGCGUUGAGCUCACAUAGCGUAAGGAGCAGACGGAGCAGCUUCGGAUCCCGGUCUCAGCAGAGCCAGAUUUACAGGAGUCAGCAGGACUUGGCUGGUGAAGCACCAGCUCAGGUCACCGGCACUGAAUACGUUUACGGGCCAUACUCUCAAAACGCCGUACACCCAGGCUACUCGGAUUAUCAGUACUGCCCGGCGGAAACAGGUUGGCAACCUGUGGAGAAAGCACCAGCUCCACUAAGACCGGUAACCCCCGAGAAAUUCACAGUUCCUCAUCUUUGUGUCCGGUUCAGCCCCGGAGGGCAGUUGCUGAAAGUGUUGCCCAACCUCCCUUCAGAAGGACAGCCUGCUUUGGUGGAGAUGCACAGCCUGGAGAUGAUACUGCAGCACAUGCCUGAGCAAGAGGAGCUGAAGAAGUUUCCAGGGCCACUGGUGAAAGAAGAGACUCAUAAAGUUGACGUUAUCAACUUUGCUCAAAGCAAGGCCACAGAAUGCCUGAGGAAUGACGAACUUCUGGAUAAGGAGUCUGCCCACCUGCUAUGGGAGCUGAUUGUGCUGUUGUGCAGGCAGAAUGGGACAGUGAUCGGUACAGAUAUUGCUGAGCUCCUACUGCGGGAACACCGGUCUGUCUGGCUUCCCGGCAAGUCACCCAAUGAGGCAAAUCUAAUUGACUUCAAUAACGAUCUUGUUCCACGUGCGGAAGAUGAGUCCUGUACCUCCCUCUUCACGGACAGCAUCCUUGAUGGUAACAUCGUGGAAAACCCUAGCAAGGACACAGAACGAUUCCGUGAGCUGCUGCUAUUUGGCCGCAAGAAGGACGCCCUGGAGUCGGCCAUGAAGCACGGGCUGUGGGGUCAUGCUUUGUUACUGGCCAGCAAAAUGGACAGCCGGACACAUGCAAAGGUCAUGACCAGGUUUGCCAACAGCCUGCCCAUUAAUGAUCCUCUGCAGACGGUAUACCAACUGAUGUCCGGUCGCAUGCCAGCUUCAGCAACGUGUUGUGGAGAUGAGAAGUGGGGUGACUGGCGACCCCACCUUGCCAUGGUGCUGUCCAACCUUUCCAAUGGACCAGAUCUGGACAGGAAAACGAUCACAACAAUGGGAGACACGCUUGCUACCAAGGGGCUGCUGGACGCCUCGCACUUCUGUUACCUGAUGGCACAGGUUGGAUUUGGAGUGUACACCAGAAAGACCACCAAACUCGUUCUGAUUGGCUCAAACCACAGCUGGUCCUUUCUGAAGUUUGCUUCAAACGGAGCUAUCCAGCGCACAGAGGCGUACGAGUACGCACAGGCUUUGGGUAAUCAAGUCUGCUUCCUUCCCAACUUUCAGGUAUUUAAGUUUAUUUACGCGUGCAGACUGGCUGAGAUGGGCUUGGCCGCACAAGCCUUUCACUACUGCGAAGUCAUUGCGAGGACUGUUCUCAGCAACCCAGCCUAUUACUCACCAGUGUUCUUGAGCCAGCUCAUUCAGAUUUCCUCCCAGCUGCGAUUCUUUGACCCUCAAUUGAAGGAGCGAUCGGAAGAGGAGUUGCAUGUGGAGCCAGAUUGGAUUAAACACCUCCAACAGACGGAAAGCCAAUUGAAGGACGGUGCAUUUGCUUGCAGGUCAGGUAGAGCCACGCCCCAGCCAUUCUGCUCCAGCACCCCCAGUUCGGAAUAUGACCAGGUCAGCCAAUCAGAUGGGCUUGCAACAGGCCCUCAGGAGGAGGCCUCGGGAGUGGACAAUCCGCUGAUGACGUCCUUCGUGCCAGAUGCAGGAUUGCCGGGAAUGCCCGGAGUGCAACUCAUGCCACCAGCUCCUCCUCACACCGUAUUGGAUGGCAGGCCGAUGGCAGCCCCUCCCCUGCAGAUGACGAUGGAUAGCGGUGUUCCCAUGUACUCACCCAGCCAAACCUCGCCUGGCUUCCCAGGGCAGUCUCCAAACUCUGCCUUCAAACAGCCUUGUGAUCCAGCUAAAGGACCCCUGAGCAUGGGACCACUGGGACCUCCUCUGGCGCCCCCCGCAGAGGCUCUGCAGACUGUGUUGGAGCAGCAGGUGCCGGAGAACAUAGAAUGCAAUUCCGUCAACCACCAGAUGUCGCCUAAAAGACACAGCUUUGGGGAAAGUGGACAGCAGGAUUUCUACGAUCACAUGGCCAAAAUGGCCCCUGGAAGAAGAUCGAGGUCAACGUCUCAAUCGUCUUUGCACAUGCCCUAUGGGAGACGCUCACGAACCACCUCUGAGUCAUCUACCCACAGCAUGGGCCGCGAAAGGCAUCCCUCAGCAGCUAACCAGUCAUCACUUCCACCUCAGCCAGAGCCCAUUGCCAACACAGCCCCGGAGACAAUAAAGGAACCCAGGCAAAAGGAACCCGAGAACAAAAAGACAAAGGGUGGCUGGCUGAGCUGGUUACGGCCCAGCAGGAAGACUGAAGCCCAUCUACCAGACGACAAAAAUAAAUCGAUUGUGUGGGAUGAGAAGAAGCAGCGAUGGGUGAACCUGAACGAACCCGAGGAGGAGAGCAAGCCUCUUCCUCCGCCGCCGAGCUUCCCAGUGACUGCCCCUACCACUGCCUCAAGUUCCACUACCUCACCUGUACUCGGGGGUGGUCCUCCGCCCAGGAACAGAUUCUCCAUGAAAGCAGGUACGAAGGCCCGGUAUGUGGAUGUCCUGAAUCCCAGUGGAACGCGGCCUGGUGGGGUUCUGCUACCCCCUGUGGACCUAUUCGCACCCCUGGCACCGAUGCCUAUCCCCACCAACCUCUUUGUGCCGAUGCCAGGUGAGGGACCUCAGCCUCCUGAAGGAAGCCCAGCAGAGAGCUCGCAACCCAUGGAACAGACAAACCUUGAGGGAAGUGCACAACCCCAGAUGUUUAACCCGGUACCAAAUGCUGAUUCAUCACCGCCUGAGCCAGACAGUUUGCAGUUUGGAGAGGUUGCCCCUCAGCCUGUACAUGAUGGCCCUGCAUCUGGAGCUGUUCAGUUUUACAACCCCGCCCAGUUCACCCAAUCCUCGGCCGGAACUGCAGCCCCUCGACCUGGACGAUUUGUACAAAGGAAGUAUCCAACGUUGAAGUGAAGAGACUUAGAAUGAACUCUGAAAUGAAUGGAAUUGUAACCCUUAAUGGGGACGGUGCAGGUGACCUGCUGUGAAAUUUGCAGUUACAGGUGAUUAAACUGGAGCGGUGUGUUUUUGAAAAUAGUUCUUUCCCUUGAAGGGGCCUCUAGAAAUGUGGUAAUUACUGCAUUGCAAAACCCUUUGAGAAGGGCCGAGGGACUAAAAACUGAAGAUGUGUGAAAUGUAAUUCUUUAUUCCAGGCUUAGCCAGUUAAAUAAUAAAACCAAGCUUAACGGGAGCUGUAGCUACAUGACUGAACUUACAAUGCAACAUGGUAUAAAAAAAUACACACACCCUCUUAAAGUGACUGUAAAUGUCAGAGCAUUAUUGCGCAAUAGAAUGGGCGUAAACCAGAUCCUGGCAUGCCCAGAAAGACGCCCAGCACCAAAUCAUUCUUUGAUUGCUGAAACUGUUCAGUUAUAAACAAGCAAAGUGCAUUUGUGUGGGAAGAGCAUUGGUGGUG